GCUUCUGCCACACGCUUGUUUUGGGCUUCAUUUCAUAAGGAAGACAGAACUCCAAUUUUUUUCCCUUCACAUCAGUUCAGACAUCCAAGGAAGAGAAAGCAAGGUCUACAAUGGCAUCAGCUCAAGCCUUGCUCUCCUCAAUGGAGGCCGGAAGGCAGCUCCUUGGUGGGAAGUUGCUUCAGUCGUCUACCUCCUCUAGGACCAUCGGCUCUCAGAGAAAGGCCUCAUUUUUAGUCAGAGCUUCUUCUUCCCCUCCUGCUAGGCAAGGAGCUGACAGGCAGCUAUGGUUUGCUUCCAAACAAUCUCUCUCCUACUUGGAUGGAAGCCUUCCAGGCGACUAUGGGUUCGACCCGUUGGGCCUUUCAGACCCGGAGGGCACGGGCGGGUUCAUUGAGCCCAAAUGGUUGGCUUAUGGAGAGAUUAUCAACGGGCGGUACGCUAUGCUCGGCGCAGCUGGCGCCAUUGCCCCAGAGAUCCUCGGUAAACUCGGCCUCAUCCCAGCUGAGACCGCCCUUCCCUGGUUCAAGACCGGCGUCAUCCCUCCUGCAGGCACCUACAACUAUUGGGCCGACUCGUACACCCUAUUUGUGUUCGAGAUGGCGCUCAUGGGCUUUGCCGAGCACCGCCGGUUUCAGGAUUGGGCCAACCCGGGUUCCAUGGGGAAGCAAUACUUUCUCGGGUUGGAGAAGUUCUUAGGCGGGUCGGGCGACCCGGCUUACCCGGGUGGCCCGAUUUUUAACCCGCUGGGUUUUGGGAAGGAUGAGAAGUCUUUGAAAGAGCUGAAGCUGAAGGAGGUGAAGAAUGGGAGGCUCGCCAUGCUGGCUAUAUUGGGCUAUUUUAUACAGGGAUUGGUGACUGGGGUGGGGCCCUUGCAGAAUCUUCUGGACCAUUUGGCUGACCCGGUCAACAAUAAUGUGUUGACCAGUCUUAAAUUUCACUAGAGAGAGAGAGAGAGAGAGAGGAGCUUAGGAUUGUAUGGUGUGUGCGCCAAAGGAAGCCGCUGCUUUGAUCUAUUUUGGUGUAAAUGAUACAAUUCGCGUGUAAUCUAUUUUGAUUGUAUGCUGCUUGUUUUCUGCAUAAA